AUGUGUGGUGACAUCCACGGCCAGUUCUACAACCUCAUCGAGCUCUUCCGCAUCGGCAGGGAAGCGUCUAACACCAACUACCACUUUUAUUUUUUAUCCUUCAAGUACCUUAGAAGGCUGCAAUUAUUUUGUAGAUACUUCAUGUACACACAUUUCGGUGGGUCCACGGGGUACGACCACGACGACGGUGGCGGCCGGAAAGCGUUGGACUCCGUCUUCGCCGACAUUGUUGGCGUGGAGGCUGCCAUUGUGCGCCCGCAGUUCUUCUCCGGUACCCACGCCAUUGCCUGUGCGUUGUUUGCGCUUCUGAGGCCUGGGCAUGAGCUCCUGGCAGUCGCUGGGCCCCCGUACGACACUUUGGAGGAGGUGAUUGGGAUCAGGGGGUCGGCCAAUGUAGGGUCACUCAAGGAUUUCGGAGUGACGUACCGAGAAGUUCCGCUUGUAGCAGAUGGUGGCCUUGAUUGGGAUGCUCUUGCUUGCUCCAUCAGGCCGGAAACUGGGUGUGCCUUCAUACAGAGAUCGUGUGGAUAUUCGUGGCGCAAGAGCUUAAGUGUAGCAGAUAUUCACAAAGCUAUAGGUUUGAUCAAGAUGCAAAAUCCAAACUGCAUGGUGAUGGUUGAUAAUUGCUAUGGUGAAUUUGUUGAGAUAUCGGAACCUGCAAUGGUGGGAGCAGACUUGAUUGCUGGAAGUUUGAUAAAGAAUCCAGGUGUAACUAUUGCGCCUUGUGGUGGUUAUGUUGCUGGGAAGGAGCAUUUAGUCGAAGCAGCUGCAGCCCGUCUAUCUGCACCUGGCCUUGGGGUGGAAUUUGGGUCAACACCUGGCCAUGUUAUGCGUGCGCUAUUUCAAGGCCUGUUUCUUGGUCCGCAAAUGGUUGGAGAAGCAGUAAAAGGAGGUUUGCUCAUUGCGGAAGUCAUGUCAGCCAAGGGAUACAAAGUUGAACCACUUCCGAGGGUUCCUCGUCAUGAUAUUGUGCAGGUGAAAUCUAGCCUUAGAUAACUAGCUAGCACGUGUACAUAAACACAAGCAUGACA